UUCUCCAUGUUGCUAUUAUAAGGACCAGAACACAACGUAGGCCUGCUGCUUGUGCAACACCUUGGAGUCUGUUAUCCGGCGAAGUGUCUGUCCUUCUUGCUUGCACUAUAAACACCUUACAGCUACUCAGCCACGCCUUAGAACGCAUAUGCCAUUGAACUGUUAGGAACUGUAAAGCGGGCCAGGAGCUUGACACCUGGGCGCUCUUAAAAUGGCCGAUGCCAACAAGCGUCAAAGGGUUGAUCAGGAUGAGCCAGGCGAGGCCGCGCCGGAGCCGAACAUCAAUGUCCAGGAGGCCAUGCCCACCUACUACGCCAAGCUCUUCCCCCACCAGCACAUGGCCAGGUGGCUAGCGUACGGCAACGACAGCAAGCACGCGCAGGCCGACGCGCACUUCUUCAGCCGCCGCGAGUUCUGCUUCACGUUGGACGGCGAUAUCUUUGUGCGCUACCAGUCGUUCAAGGACGGCGCCGCCCUGCAGGAGGCGAUCCAGCGGCGCUGCCCCGCCAAGAUCGACAUAGGGCCCGUGUACUCCGCAAACCCGCAGGACAGGCACAAGUUCGGGGCCGCCUUCCAGCCCCUGGAGCGCGAGUUGGUGUUCGACAUCGACCUGACGGACUAUGACGACGUGCGCACCUGCGGCAGGGGGGGACACAUCUGCGGCAGGUGCUGGCCGCUCAUGGCGGUGGCGGUCAAGAUCAUCGACGCGGGUCUGCGGGAGGAGUUUGGGUUCCGCCACAUCCUGUGGGUGUACUCGGGGCGGCGAGGAGUGCACUGCUGGGUGUGCGACCCCAGCGCCCGGCAGCUGAGUGACGAGCAGCGCUCCGCCAUCGCCUCCUGGUUCGCCGUGUACCGGGGGCAGGAGGAGGGGCGGGCGCGGGUGGGCAUCCUCAGCGGCAACCUGCACCCCGCGGUGGAGCGGGCGGCGGGGAUACUGCGGGAGGCGUGGGUGCAGACGCUGCUCCCCUCCCAGCGGCUGCUGGAGGACGGCCCCACCUGCGAGGCGCUGCUGCGGUACCUGCCGGAGGAGGGGCUGGUGGAGGCGGUGCGGAAGAGGUGGGCGGCAGCCGCCCGCAGCGCCUCCCGCCAGCACCCGCAUCAGGCCCCCCAGGACGUCAGUGUGGUGCGGUGGGGGCUGCUGGAGGAGGAGGUCAGGAACAGGAUUGCCGAGGAGCGGUCCCGCAGCGGCCGCGGUACCGCCCCCAACUACAAGGUGCUGGGCCCCCUGGAGCGGUGCCUGGAUGAGAUCGUGCUGGCACACGCCUACCCGCGACUGGACAUGGAGGUGUCGCGGAAGAGGAACCACCUGCUCAAGGCCCCCUUUUGCGUGCACCCCAAGACGGGCAAGGUGUGUGUCCCCAUCGACCCGGCGGAGGUGGACAGCUUCGACCCGGACGGAGUGCCCUCGGUCGCCUCGCUGCUUCGGGAGCUGGGGGAGGCGGG